CCUGAAUAGAUACAACUCAAGUGUCUUUUUCCAUCAUAGCUACAUAACAAGUGCUUUUAUAAACAUGGAAAAGCCUAAAGUUUUCUUUGACAUCACUGUCGACGGCUCUGACGCUGGCAGGAUUGUAAUGGAGCUCCGGGCUGAUGUGGUCCCAAAGACUGCAGAAAAUUUCCGUGCUUUGUGCACCGGAGAAAAAGGUUUCGGCUACAAAGGCUCCACGUUUCACCGUGUCAUCCCGAGAUUCAUGUGCCAGGGUGGGGACUUUACAAACCACAAUGGAACUGGAGGUAAAUCCAUCUAUGGGGAGAAGUUUGCUGAUGAGAACUUCCAGUUGAAGCACACAGGCAUGGGCACCCUGUCCAUGGCUAAUGCUGGACCCAACACCAACGGAUCCCAGUUCUUCAUCUGCACAGCUUCGACCGACUGGCUGGACGGGAAGCACGUGGUGUUUGGCAAAGUUGUGGAUGGCGAAAAUGUUGUCAAGGCAAUAGAGACAUACGGCACGAAAAGCGGCACCCCUAAAGCCAAGGUUGUCAUCGCCGACUGUGGCGAACUAAAAUAGUGCAACAAAGCUCCUUUGACCUGUCAGGUGUGACC